UUGCAGUGGCCACAAAUCAGCAAGUGCAGAUCACCUGAACUGGAGACAUUUUCAUGUUAUUGGACUGAUGGAAAUUUUUAUAACCUCACUGCUCCAGGAACAAUACAACUAUUGUACAUGAAAAGGAAUGAUGAAGACUGGAAAGAAUGCCCUGAUUAUAUCACUGCAGGAGAAAAUAGCUGUUAUUUCAACACAUCCUACACCUCUAUUUGGAUACCAUAUUGUGUUAAACUUGCCAAUAAAGAUGAAGUAUUUGAUGAAAAAUGUUUCAGCGUUGAUGAAAUAGUACUACCAGAUCCCCCUGUCCACCUUAACUGGACUCUGCUAAAUACUAGUCAGACUGGGAUCCAUGGGGAUAUUCAAGUAAGAUGGGAUCCACCACCAACAGCAGAUGUUCAGAAGGGAUGGAUUACUCUGGAGUAUGAAUUGCAGUACAAAGAAGUUAAUGAGACAAAAUGGAAGGAGUUAGAACCCAGGCUCUCAACAAUGGUUCCACUGUACUCUCUGAAGAUGGGAAGAGAUUAUGAGAUACGAGUCCGAUCAAGACAACGUACCUCUGAAAAAUUUGGGGAGUUCAGUGAAAUCCUUUAUGUAUCUUUUUCUCAAACAGGCUUUGAAUUUGUUCAUUGUGAUGAAGAAAUUGAGUUUCCGUGGUUCUUAGUUGUUAUCUUCGGAGCGUGUGGGCUGGCUGUAACAGUGGUCUUAGUCCUGCUGGCUAAACAACCAAGGUUAAAAAUGCUGAUUUUUCCUCCUGUGCCAGUUCCAAAGAUUAAAGGGAUUGACACAGAUCUCUUGAAGAAAGGAAAGCUAGAUGAAGUGAACUCCAUCUUAGCCAGCCAUGAGAACUACAAGACACAGCUAUACAGUGAUGAUUUGUGGGUUGAGUUUAUCGAGUUGGACAUAGAAGACCCUGAUGAAAAGAACAGAGCCUCAGAUACUGACAGGCUUCUGAGUGAAGAUCACCUGAAAUCACACAAUUGCUUGGGAGCGAAGGAUGAUGAUUCUGGACGGGCCAGUUGUUGUGAACCAGAUAUUCCAGAGACAGACUUCACUGCAAGUGACACAUGUGACGCCAUCUCUGAUACUGAGCAAUUCAAAAAGGCGACUGAAAAAGAGGAGGACCUCUUAUGUCUUGAUAGAAAAGAUAACAAUGAGUCACUUCCAAGCUUUGCCAACACAGACACCCAACAGCCACAUACAAGUUAUCAGUCUGAAAAUAGCCAGCUGUGGCCACCUUUUGCAGACAGCAUUGACUCAGCUAGACCAUCAGUCCAUACCCAGCUAAGCAACCAGAAUUCUCUGACAAAUACUGACUUUUACACGCAAGUGAGUGAUAUUACUCCAGCAGGCAGUGUUGUACUUUCACCAGGGCAGAAAACCAAGAUGGGGACAGCACAGUGUGAAGGCUGCACAGAACAAAACUUCACCAUGGACAACGCCUACUUCUGUGAGGCAGAUGUGAAAAACUGUAUUGCUGUGACUUCCCAUGAAGAGGAUGAGCCGCAUGUCCAGGAGCAAAGCUGGAACGAGGAUGCUUACUUCACCACAGAGAGCUUUACCACUACCGCUGUCAACCUUGGAUCUUCAACAGCAGAAACCCCAAGUUCGGAGAUGCCUGUCCCAGACUAUACAUCUAUCCAUAUCGUUCACUCUCCACAAGGCCUUGUGCUUAACGCAACUGCACUGCCUGCACCAGACAAGGAAUUCAACAUGUCUUGUGGCUAUGUGAGCACAGACCAGCUGAACAAAAUGAUGCCGUAGCUCUUCUUUGACUAGGUGUGUGCAGUAUUUCACAGCAGACAGUCAGCUCAGGCUUAUACGCUGAAACCAAAAUGAAGUCUAAAAGUUUCUCAUGGUUCUUAUAAUUCUAUCUGAAAUGUUGCAACAUGAAAUAGUCAUCAAAAUAUUCCUAUUGUGUUCUGUAAAUAUUAUCUAUGAUUUUGUCUUGAGACUGUUUUACUAAAUGUGACUGUCUUGUUCAUGUGGGUGUUGAUUUUUGUGAUACUAAACAUUGAAAUGACUAUGUUUAAUGUACAGUAAAUCGUGCAUUUUGAUAAAGCUAAAAAUCAGGUGGUUUAAAGUACAAGAAUUUAUUAAAAAAUGUACUGUUGGCAGAGAUCUUUAUAUCAAAAAUUAGGAACUAAACAUA